AUGAUGGCUCCAUAUCAUUCUAACUUUCUCACGGUCAAGUUUCUUGAUAAGCGGGAUAACUUCGCGUGGAGAUGUAUCACAGUUUAUGAUCCGAAUGUGAGAGCUUUAAAAUCCGCAUUUUGGGAGGAGCUUCGUAGUUGUAGUGGUGAUCCGAGGGUCCCUUGGGUGAUAGGCGGGAAUUUCAACGCCAUUUUUUCUAUUGAGGAUAAAUCCUCCGGGGCUCCUAAUCUUCGCGACAUCCGUGUGGCGAAUAAGUUCUUGUUGGAUCUUCAUCUCUGUGAGCCACCUGCGAUUGGGAGAAGGUUCUCCUGGACGAAUGGACAGGAGAACCCCAUCUGGGUGAAACUUGAUAGAUUCCUAGUGAAUACGCCUUGGAAUGAUCACUUCCCUAGAAUCUUGCAAAACAGUCUUCCUAGGCUUGGCUCUGACCAUGUCCCUAUUCGGCUGGAGGUGGGUGGAGUGAGCUUCCAUCCGAGGCCCUUUAGAUUCGAAGCAGUUUGGUUCACGGAUGAGGGUUUUAAUGAUCGGGUCAAACAGUGGAGGGAAGAGAUGGCACCUGUUGGUUGUGGUGCUUUUGUGUUAUCUAAAAAGUUAGCCGGACUUAGAGAGCGCUUAAGGACGUGGGCCAAAUUUAACUUUGGUUCGGUCAAGCUAAAAAAACUGGAACUGUUACAUCAGAUUGAGACCUUAGACACUGUUAAGGAGUCCAGGGGCCUUCUUCCUUCUGAGCUUGUUUUUGAACAAAGUCUUUUGCAAUUGUUGGAGAUUAUCCAUAAAAAAGAAGAAAUUUAUUUGCGGCAAAGAUCCAGGACUCAUUGGUUAAAGGAAGGAGAUGGCAACACUAAGUUCUUCCAUGCGGUGGCCAACGGUCGGAAGAGUCGUAAUCUUAUCUCGGGUGUUGUCCUGGACGAGAAUAGGAUAUUUGACCCAAAAGAAAUUGGGAAGAUCUUUGUUGCGCGUUUCCAGCAACAAUUUGGUAGUAAGCGAGAGUCGAGAUUCAAAGUAGAUCUUCCCAAACUCUUUGAAAACAAACAACAUGUGCAGUUAGGGGUGCUUGAGGGGCCUUUUUCUUCGGAAAAAAUCAAAGAUGCGGUCUUCAGUCUAGGUGGGGAUAAAGCACCUGGCCCGGAUGGCUUCCCGAUGUGCUUCUUCAAACAAUGCUGGGAGUCGAUCAAAGUAGACAUCUUCAAAUUUUGCGAGGACUUCUACUUUGAUAGAGCUAACUUGGAAAAGGUUAACUGGGCAAGUAUUGCUCUUAUCCCCAAGAUGGAGACACUUGAGCAGCCAGGGGAUUAA